UUGAAGUUGUGGUUUUUGUUUGUCUGUCUGUGCAGAGCCCUUCAGACAGAGAGGACAUGGCCUGUGUUGUAGUAAAGAAGUGGUUUUCCUUCUGUGUAAUGCAAGGCCAAAGCAGCAAAUCCGUCAAGCUUCAAACAGCUUGGAGGGAGAGAGAAAGAGUUAGAUUUGUGUACUAAAUUAAGUGAAGGGGGCGGGGGAUUUAAAGAAAAGGCACAGGGGGGUGUUUCUUGCCCCUCUCUCCCCUCUUUUUUUCUCUCCCUGCUGGUCUCCUUGGUCACACACAUGCACACAUACGACUCGCACGCACACAAACAUUGACGAGGGCUCAGUCCUGCUAUGGCCACCACCACCACCGAGGAGAGCUCUCUGGUCCUGGCCACCGUAGCACCCCUGCAGCCUGACUUGGAAACUAGCGUAGAACCCGGCUCAGCAGCAAAGCCUGAGCCCAGUGAGGCCCAGUGUGACAGAGAGGAGAAAGAGGAUGAGGAAGAGGACGACGCGGGAGGAAGCUCUGCGCUGGGGCAGGAGAAUGCGAGAGGGCAGAGUCUGGACCCAGAGUGGGUGGAGGAGAGGUUCAGGAUCGACAGGAAGAAGCUGGAGAACAUGUUGUAUGCUCCAAAGAAUGGAGAUGCUGAGACAGGCGAGGAGUUUUUUGAGAGAGUGAUGAGAGAAACUAACACUCAGGUGAAAUGGCCAUCCAAGCUGAAGAUUGGAGCCAAGUCGAAGAAAGAUCCACAUGUCAAGGUGGAAGGGAAGAAAGCCAACGUUUUGGAAGCCAAAAAGAAGAUACUAGAAGUACUAGAAACCAGGGUGAACAAGGUGACUCUUAAGAUGGACGUGGCCUAUACAGAGCACUCCCACGUGAUCGGGAAAGGCGGUGGAAACAUAAAAAAAGUGAUGGAGGUCACGUCCUGUCACAUCCAUUUCCCUGACUCCAACCGUCACAAUGCUACUGGAGAGAAAAGCAAUCAGGUGUCCAUUGCUGGGCCCAUAGAAGGAGUGGAGGAAGCCAGGAGACAGAUAAGAGAUCUGCAGCCGCUGUCCUUGACCUUUGACCUCCCAGUCAGUCUGGUGCCCCAGGCUCUGCCAGAUGCAGGCUCCCCGCUCAUCCAGCAGGUAGUGCAGACUUUGGGAGUCAGUGUGAGCUUCAGGGCCGUGCCACCCCAGCCCCAGGCACAGCCCCCCUUUUACGGAAGCUGUUGCACCGUCUGGGGCCUGCAGGGCAACGCAGCUGCUGUCAAGAAAGCGACCUGCAUCCUGAUGGACCUGCUGUUGGGGUCAGAGGUCACAGGCGGUAUAGUGAGCAGCCAGCUCGAUGUCACCUCUCAGCAACAUCUGUUCCUGUUGGGUCAGAACGGAGCUCACUUCCUAAGCGUCAUGCACCAGACCCAAACCCAGAUCAUCUUACCAGAUCUAGGUGCUCCUCAGAGCCCUCCCUCGCUGCUUAUCCAGGGCAGCCCCGAUGGAGUGUGUCUGGCUCGGCAGCAGCUCAUGGACUGUUUGCCCGUGUGUUUGAUGUUUGACAUGCGUGAGGAUGGGGAAGCAGAUCCGUGUAAACUGGCUCAGAUGAUGCAAAACCUGGGAGUCUUCAUUAGUGUCAAGCCCAAAGUAAAACAGACCAGCAAGUCAGUGGUGGUGAAAGGUCUGGAAAGGAACAUCUCCUGUCUCUAUGAAGCCCGCCGCCUGCUCCUGGGGCUGGAUUCCUGUGAGACUGCCAAGGUAAUCGAGGUGACCCCUGACCCCAUGCUUACCAGCGGCGGGCUAACCAGUUAUUGGCUCAACAUGCUGCUGCAGCAGCUUCGUUUGUCUGAGCAAGGCCCUGUGCCUGCUCCCACACCAGAGAUGCUGACUGGUAUUAAGCCCCGGCCCACACCUCCACCAGGCCUCACCCCUCCAGCUGAUGAGGGGAGGACAGGACUGAAGGGAUCAGACAGCCGGCCACUGGAGAAGAUCCUUGAAAAUGAGGACCAGUCUGGCCAAUCAGAGGAUGAGGGCUCUAAGGUCGUGGUGAUGUCGUCAUCUGAGGUGUGUGAUGCAGUGAACAACAACAUCAGCAGGGUGGGAUUGAUGGUUCGGAGGGGGAGCCUCCAGGGCCCCGACAUUGCCAAGGUCUUCGGUCAGGGCAGGCGACAUUCAACAGGGCAGGCGCUAACCUACAGAUUGCUGAACGCAGAGAUUGAGGGAGGGAGGAAUGAGCGGAGAAACAGCCUGAGGAGAGACAUGACGCUGGCUCAGGAUGUUCGCACUGACUCAUCCAAGGCUGAGGAUUAUGACUAUGAGAAGAAGAAACUACUGGCAACCAGAGCCAUGCAGAGGAAGCCUGUGGUCACUGAGGUCCGGACACCCACAGACACCUGGAGUGGCCUCGGCUUCUCCAAGUCCAUGCCGGCCGAGGCUGUCAAAGAGCUCCGCAACAUCAGCCGCCGCAGCUACAAACCCUACCUGAGCACCAGCACCAGCCAGCAACAGUCAUGGGCUGCUCAGACAGGGAAGAUGUGUAAUGGGAGUGACUCAGAGAACUGGAGGGACAGACGUGGAUCUGCAUCUUCAUCCCUGCCUGUCUCUUCCUCUUCUUCCUCCUCUUCUUCUUCCUCCCCUUCCUCACCUCCUUCUACUUUCUCUUCAUCCACCUCCUCCUUCCCCGCAUUUGCAUCGUCAAUGAACCGAAGCAGAAACGACAAACCUUCGGAGAGCCUCCUGAGCAGCAGCAGCUACUUUGAAGGCGCGUGUUCAUCGAGGAGGGCGUCAACCUGCAGUCAGCGUAGCCCCUCCCCCCAAAUGACAGAUGACCUACCUGAACUGCUCAGCCAACUUGGCUUGAUCAAGUACAUCAACGUGUUUGAGCAACAAGAGAUUGACUACCAGACAUUCCUCACUCUGUCUGAUGAGGAUCUGAAGGAAGUGGGUGUCUCCACGUUUGGAGCCAGACGCAAGAUGUUACUGGCAAUCGCAGACCUGAACAAGAGCAAGAGGAGGCUCUCGGAUACACCUGCAGUGAAGCCUGGAUACCUGGAGGGCGGCGCUAGUGGUCGACUACCACGAAUCAUGGAUCUAGAAGUUGCUGCCCAGAGUAACCGCUGGUGAGAUGAGGCGCCAACCAGUGAGCUAUUUAACAUCUAAGAGUAUGCAGUGAUGCUGCUGCCAGUGCAAAGGUCUUAUCUGUGCAUUAUUUUCUGUAAAUGAUUAAGCAUAAAAUUGCCCAGAAGAGCAGCAAACAUUAUAUAAACAUUUAAAUCCAGUGCCUUUUAUCUACAGCCAUAUCCCAAAGCUUUUUUCUUUUUUUUUUUAUACAAGACAAGGAGGUCUUCCCUUCCAGUCCUCUGAUUCUGCAAGAAACAAACUAUAUGAAACACAAAUGAGCAUGAUGAUGAUGUUGAUUGUAUUUCUCUUUUUGUGGCAUUUUUUGUUAUAAAGUGCCUUUCUUAUGCAAGCUUAUUUCUGUGCUUUGACCAUUUUAACCACUACAUUUAUGCAAUUGUACAUAGAUAUUUA